AAAAAAAAACAAACUCGAAAGUUAUAACUAUAAUUUAACAAACAAGAUAUUAACUUACAAUAAAAACGAAAUAAUCCAUGAAUAUUUUAUGCUAAAUCAAUGGUUCAUUGUAAACAUAGAAAAGGAAAUGGUUUACCGUAUCAUCGACCUCAAAAUAUUGAACAUUCAAGUAAAUUUCUUUUUUUUUGUAUUAAAAUUUAGAACCACUAUCACAUUCAACAGCACGACGGGAUAUUACCCAAUGGAUUGAUUCAAUUCAAACAACUCAAGUACGAAAAUAUCCAAGAAGAUAA